AUGGAGACGACAUCAGUCGAGAUGGCCUCUCACUCUCAGAUUUUGGUAGAAGAGAAAUCGAGUGUUAGAAUCUUGACACUAAACAAGCCAAAGCAGCUGAAUGCUCUAAACUUCGACAUGAUUUCUCGGUUGCUGCAACUGUUUCUUGCAUACGAGAAAAACUCUAGUGUGAAACUUGUCAUCCUUAAGGGUCAGGGAAGAGCCUUUUGUGCUGGUGGCGAUGUUCCACCUGUUGUUCGUGACAUCGUACGAGGCAAAUGGAGACUCGGUGCCGAUUUCUUCUCAGAUGAAUACACUCUCAACUAUGUUAUGGCCACGCAUAGCAAACCUCAGGUUUCAAUUCUGAAUGGUAUUGUCAUGGGAGGCGGAGCUGGUGUCUCCAUACAUGGUCGAUAUCGUGUUGCUACCGAAAACACGGUUUUUGCUAUGCCUGAGACAGCUCUGGGGCUCUUUCCAGAUGUAGGCGCCUCCUACUUCUUGUCAAGACUCCCUGGAUUUUUUGGAGAAUAUGUUGGCCUCACAGGAGCUAGGUUAGAUGGCGCCGAAAUGCUUGCUUGUGGUCUUGCAACUCAUUUUGUGCCUUCAACGAGGUUGACUGCACUAGAAGCAGAUCUUUGCAGAGUUGGUUCAAGUGAUCCAAACUUAUUUGUCUCAACAAUUCUCGAUGCAUACACUCAGAAACCGCACCUAAAACAAAAGAGUGCUUACAACAGGUUAGAUGUUAUUGAUAGGUGCUUCUCGAGGAGAACAAUCGAAGACAUAAUUAUUGCACUUGAGAGAGAAGCCGCGCAAGAACCAGAUGAUUGGAUCUCAACUACAAUCAAAGCAUUAAAGAAGGCUUCACCAGCAAGCCUUAAAAUCGGUCUUAGAUCGAUAAGACAAGGACGAUUUCAAGGAGUGGGACAGUGUCUUAUUCGUGAGUAUAGAAUUGUGUGUCAUGUGAUGAAGGGAGACAUAAGCAAAGAUGUAGUAGAGGGGUGUAGAGCCAUAUUGAUAGACAAAGAUAAGAACCCAAAGUGGAAGCCAUCUCGACUGGAGGAGAUGAAAGAUGAUAUGGUAGAGAAGUACUUCAAAAUAGUGGAAGAGGAGGGAUGGGAAGAUCUAAAGCUUCCAACUAGAAAUAAUUUGCCUGCUUUUGCGAUCUCAAAGCUGUGA